GCGAUUCUAAGUCUCGGGUCUCAACAGGAGCCUUACCUCUCAACCUGUCUCCCCUACCAGCACUGAGUACCAGUCCAGCCCCGCCCUGGGCCUGCGGUCUUCUCCGAGCAACUGUCGAGGGAUGCACUGAUUCCUCAUAGCCCAUGGCCUCAGAAAGGGCCAAGAGGCAGCCAGAAACCCAGAAUGGGGCAGCAGUAGGGUUAGCCCAGGUUGCAGAGAGCCUUGAGUGUCCAGGAACAGAGGAGUGUCUGGUGCCGGCACAUGAGACCUGCAGGAGCCCAGGAGAAGACAAGUGUCCCGUGGGGCACAGCUUAGAGCCAGAGCUCCAGGAGGAAGGAAUAAAGGUGGGAGAGGAAGGGCUCAGUGCAGGGGUGGAAGCAGAAGAGGAGAGAGGACCCAAGCCUACAUCAUCCAUCGUGAGAACAGCUCAUGGGCCCAAGAGAAAGGCAGAAGCUGAGCUGCCACUGGUGGUGCUGCAGAAGAAGGAGGAGCCAGAAGGCAGCCACAGUGAAUCCUCACUGUCCUCGAAACAGCACAAAAAAGCCAAGAAACGCAAGAGUGGCGGGGCUCCUGUGCCGCCAGCUGUGGCCAGCGCAUCCGCACCUGCCACCGAGACCUUGGGGUUGGAGCCCUUUGCUCUGCCUUGGGUUCUUGCAGGAAAAGCCCAGCGCCUGCGGCCACUGUACCAAUACAUCAACUACUGCAAUCCAGAGCUGAAUCAGGCAGAGGAUGGGGACAGGGAGCCGGAGGUAGAGCCCGAGGCCGAGUUAGCACUGGUUCCCGAGGAGCCGGGCGUGGAACAGCUGCAGCUGCAGACCUUGCUGCCCGUGGCAGGUGAGCUGGGCUUAGGCCUCGCUUUACCCUGCCCUAAUCCUUUAGUGCCACUGACCCAUAAUCUUCCUCCUCUGGUAGAGGAGGUUGGAGAGGAGCCUGGGGGUCUGUCUAGUCUGAGGGUGAGUGGCAGCCUCAAGGCUGAGGUGGAUAAGACGACGCAAGUGGAUAUCGACAAGAUGUUGAGUGUCUGUGCUGCCCCUCUUGUGCCCCCUCUAUCCCCUCAGUACAAGUGACCAUCUAGCCAUUGAGAACGCCCCUGGUCUAGGCCUAAACCAUGGCUCUAAGUCCAUCGGCCUAAGCCAUCAGGUGGAGGAAGGAAAUUUAGUCUUGGUCUACACUUGAGAAUUUGUGCUCACUAAAAAUAAACAUUUCCCCCCUUU